AUGAAAAUGAUUCGUAAUAGCAAUCUGACUCUGAUUCAGACUCGUAUCGNUUCAUUACCUGAAGAAGUAAAAGUCAAAUUUGACCAGGCUUUUUAAAUGAAAUUAAAGUAUUUUUAGCAAACUGGAAAACCAGAUCAUGAAUAAUUAGAUGCUGCAUUUGUAAAAACAAAAGCUGUCUUUGGUGGAAGACUAAGAAUGAUUCUCACAGGAGCUGCCCCUAUAUCAACUAAAGUAUUAAACUUCUUAAAAAUGACAUUGUGUUGUUAAAUUGUAGAAGUGUAUGGCUAAACAGAAACAAUGGGAGGAUCCUUUGCAACGGAUUACUUUGAUCCUAAUUGUGGUCACGUAGGUGGUCCCACAAUUUCUUAAGAAUUCAAAUUGGUUAGCAUACCAGAUAUUGGUUAUGUCACAGAUAAAAGUGUUGAUGGUUUAAUUAGAGGUGAGAUCUGCAUAAGGGGACCAAGCAUCAGCAAAGGAUAUUUUAAAGAUCCAGAACAAACUAAAGAGUUAAUUGAUAAUGAAGGAUGGGUGCACACAGGGGAUAUAGGUUAAAUAGUUGAUGGAACAUUAAGAAUUAUAGAUAGGAAAAAAAAUUUAUUUAAAUUAUCCUAAGGGGAAUAUGUAGCUCCAGAAAAAGUAGAAAAUUGUUAUCUGAGAUUGAAAGGCAUAUUGGAAAUCGUCAUUUUUGGGGAUUCAUUAUAAAACUAUUGUGUUGGGGUUGUUGUAGUUGAUCCAACAAUUCUAAAAUAGUUUGCAGAUUAAUUGAAAAUUGAAGGUGAUUAUCCUACCUUAUGUGCCAAUAAAGAAAUAAAGAAUUACGUUCUGUCUUAAUUAAAUGAAUAGGUAAAAGAAUACGUUAUUUUAGGGAUCAAAGGAAUAAUUGAAUGGGUAUGAACAAGUAAAAAAUAUAUAUCUUGAAGCAAAACCCUUUUAAUAAGUAGGAAUAUUGACAGAUACCUUGAAAAUGCAAAGGCAUGUAGCAAAGAAACAUUAUCAAGCAAUUAUUUAGCAAUUAUAUGAGGAAAUUAUAAAUUGA